AGCAAUACUGAUAACUAAUAUAUUAAAGUUCUCAUUUCUAUUAAUUCUAAUUACUAAUUUCUAUGUAGCUUACUUGUUCAUUUAAUUAAUUUAGUGGUUAUACGAGAAUUUGUGAUACAUUAAAAUAUUUGAAAUGUUGGGCAUCAAUCUGGUUAGAAGUAUUAGAUCUUUUUCAACCAGUAAUAGUUUAAGAUUAGAUAUGUCUUGGAGAUCUUCAAAAAAACUGCCUUUAAAUCCAAUGGAUAGAGGUAUUCUUACGGAUGGUGCUGAUUACAUUUUUUUGGAUGGACGUCCUACCCCAUUUGGUAUGAAACAAAAACGAAAACUUUUACUUCAAAGAGAAUAUGCUAAAAAAAUUGUCGAACUUAGUGAAAGUUUAGACAUUGCAAAGGAACGGUAUUCAAAGAAAGUUGGAGAAACAGAGGAACAACUAAAACAUGUAUUGGAAAGGAAACUUAAACCAAAAGGAAAUAAAAAUAUUAGGGACACAUAGUCUUCAUGUUUUUAUUAUAAUUCAUAAAUUUGUAGGUAGAAAACACAUUUUGUACAAAAAGUUAUAAUUUAAUUCAUUGUAAUAAAAAAAUUACACAACUUUUUACUAUGAAAA